AUGUCCUCAUUAGACAAUAUCCUUUAUUUCCAAACUGGGCUCGGAGUCUUAGCCAAUGUGUUUCUUCUUUAUUUCUAUACCUGUACAAUCCUAUAUCACAGGUAUAAGCCCAUGGACCUGAUCUCCUGUCAACUGACCUUCAUUCACAUAAUGAUGAUCCUCACUGGAGGGGAAAUUUGGCUUGCCGACAUAUUUGAGUCACUGAAUGUUAAGAAUGACUUCAAAUGUAAGGCAACUUUUUACAUACAUAGGGUAAUGAGAGGCCUCUCCAUCUGUAUCACCUGCCUCCUGAGUCUGUCCCAGGCUGUCAUUAUCAGUCCCAGUACCUCUUUGUUGGCAAAAUUUAAAUGUAAACUAAAAAAGUACAUGAUUAAUGCUUCCUUCUUUAUUUGGUCCUUAAAUUUGUCCCUCAGUAGUAGAAUGUUCUUCUAUGUUGGUGGUUUUACCAAUGUGAGUGAUACCAACCAGAUGAAGGUCACUAAAUCCUGCUCCCUCUUCCCCAUGAACUACAUCAUCAGGGGACUAAUUUUAGCAGUGACAACAUGUAGAGAUGUGUUUCUUGUAGGAAUCAUGCUGAUCACAAGCACAUACAUGGUGAUUGUCUUGUUCAGACAUCAGAGGCAGUGCAAGCAUCUUCAUAGCAUCAGCCACCUGAGAGCAUCCCCUGAGAAGAGUGCCACCCAGGCCAUCUUGCUGCUGGUGGUUUUCUUUGUGGCCAUGUACUGGGUGGACUUCACCAUCUCUUCCACUUCAGUCCUGUUAUGGAUAUAUGAACCAGUCUUUCUGACUGUUCAGAAGUUUGUGAUCAAUGUUUAUCCCACAAUUACUCCUUUGGUACAAAUCAGUUCUGAUAACAGAAUAAUCAAUGUGCUGAAAAUCCUGUGGUCAAAGCGGAACCAGAUUUUUUUUAAAAAAAGAUAA